AUGGGAGCUGGCAGCGAACGGAUUGAGAGAAUUCUUGCGGGAUUCGAUCCCUCGAGCAAUGGUCUUUCCGAGGAUUUUAUUCUGACAAAACUAACAGCGAUGAAGGGCUGUGGCUGUAAAGUUCCAAGAUCGAUUCUGCUCGAACUUCUGAAGAGUUUCAAGUGUGACAAUAAUGUCACUGUCGGUAUUGGACUCGAUAGUUGCGUGGUGCCUCUUCGGCACAAAGGUCUGAACCUCGUUCAGACGACGGAUUUCUUCUAUCCACUAAUCGACGACCCAUAUCUGAUGGGACGUGUCACCUGCGCGAAUGUCUUGAGCGACUUGUAUGCCAUGGGUGUCGUCGACUGUGACAAUAUGCUCAUGCUCCUUGGAGUGGCUGUCGAUCUGGGCGAACACGAGCGCGACGUGAUCGUCUCUAUGUUUAUCAAAGGAUUCCAGGAUGCGGCUGCAUCUGCUGAAACGAAGGUCCGAGGCGGACAGACUGUUCGCUGUCCUUGGCUUCUUCUUGGAGGAGUUGCAAGCAGUGUGGUUUCUGACGACGAGAUAAUCAAUGUGGAUCGAGCGCAGCCUGGAGAUAUUCUUGUUCUGACAAAGCCAAUCGGAGGACAGGUCGCUGUGAAUUCUUACGAAUGGUUAAAGAAGAAGAAUGGAAAAGUGGAGGAAUUUCGUCUUGAUGAAGGAAGAAUCGUUCGCGCUUUCCAGCAGGUCACGGAACAGAUGACCAGGUUAAACAGAAAUGCUGCCAAAAUGCUUCACAAGUACAACGCCCAUGCUUCUACCGAUGUCACUGGGUUUGGUCUUCUUGGUCAUGCGGACAAUUUGUCUCGAGCACAGAAAGUUAAGGUUCGUUUUGUGAUUGACACCUUACCCGUGGUGGAAUACAUGGAUGAAGUCGCUCGAAGUAUGCCAAGUGGCAACGGCUUCAAUUUGUUCGGCGGCACAUCGGCCGAGACAAGUGGAGGCUUGCUGGUCGCACUUGACCAAGGCGAUGGAUUUAUCCGUGAUCUUCAGUCUCUGGACGGUUUCCCUGCAUGGGUAGUUGGACGUGUUGAAGCGAUUGCCAGUGGUGAGAAUCACGCGAUCAUUCGUGAAGAUUAUAAGGUGGUAUCUGUGCCGUCACAGAUUCAUGGUUGA